AAAUAUUUGAUACAUUCUCGUAAUUUAAAAAUUUCUUCAAUUUUUUAAUCCAAAGAACAAAAUUUACAUUUGUGUUACUUAAUAAACCCUCGUCGUUUAUAUGUUGCUUAGUCAUGAAACUUACGCGCAACCGCGACAUUCAAUUCUUGUCAUUCCCUUCCCAAUCAACACAAAGUUGGUUCGAUUCGAUGGAGUACGAAUAUAACAGAAGCAGGUCAAGCCCCCAAGUUCCGAUGUACCGCGCUCCGCCCUCUUCCAUCUACCCCAAGAUCGGCCCUCACCCUCAAACCGCCGCUCCUCCCCCGCCUCGUCCGUUUCCUUAUCAGCACAAUCCCACUCCUUCACCUUCUCUAGGAUUGGGGAUUAAGGUUGCCAUCAAGCCGGAAUUUAGGAUCACACAGCCGCCUCAUUUAUUACCACAUGUGGGAGAUAUUCCACGGAGCAACUUCCAAUUUGAUUUUGGGUUGGAGAGGAAAGUUUUGGCCGAAGCAGAGAAGGAUAACCCAAAUUGGAGCAAAUUUGGCGUAGACAAUCUUCCGACUAAAGCUUCUGAUGCAUCCUCAUCAAAGGUUACUUCUUCAGAUCCCAUUGUGAGCAAGUAUAUAGCCAUGGGACUCGGCCGAGAGGCAGUUCAAAUUGCUGUUACAAAUUAUGGUGAUAAUCCAACCAAAGUUCAAGAAUUUGUCAAUGGAUACACCCUUCUGCGUGAAAUGGGAUUUUCAUCAAGCAGCGUUGCAGAAGCCUUAGUUAUGCAUGACAAUAAUACAGACAAGGCAUUGGCACAUUUCCUUAAUGGCUCAUCAUGAGACCUCAGCACAUAUCUGUUGUAGGUAUCAUUUGUCUAUAAAAAAAUGUGUUCCUAAUGAAAAAUUCUAAGUAAUGGUCAAAUAUAGGUAGAGUCAUACUGGCAAUCUCUUAUUGUCAUUUGUGGGAUAUUGGUUUUAGGGAUUUGGUGUUUUUAGAGGGAACAAAUAGACGUGAUUAUUACUCAUUAUUUUACUUGAGAAAGACCCUUUUUUUGGGCCAAGAUUUAAGUCCUUCUGGCAUGUUUGAUUGGGAUUAUAUAUGGUAAAUUAUCCUUUUAUUUAA